AUGCGAGAAAAGGGCUCAACCACGAGGAGCGUGCUACUCAAAUUGAAGCCCGGUCUCAAGGUUGACGACCUGCCCCACCAGGUUCGUGUCGCCGGUGAGUUGGCCCUCGUGGUGGUGCCUGGGCGGGCAAUGCAGUGCCUGCGCUGCCACGGCACGGGACACGUACGCCGUGACUGCAGGGUGCCUCGGUGUUCAAAGUGCCGGCGCUAUGGACACGCGGACGCGGACUGCGUCCGUACGUACGCGUCGGCGACCGGGCUGCCAAAGGCGGAUGACCACGAGCAUCUGAUGGACGUCGCCGAGGCUGAAGAGGCGGCGAGGGGCACGGAGGACGCGAGGAGGCAGACGGGGCCACCGGACACGUCGGCGCUUACCGGCGGUGACGCCCCGAAAGGGGUUGUGCCGGGGGGCCUUCAAGCUGUAGGUGACUCGUCAGGGUCACCGGGGAACGAUCCGCUGACACAGGUCCUGCCUGCAGCUUCGUCAGGAGGAGGCAGCGGGAAAGGUGUCGUCCCAGCGCUGCAAAGAGCGGCGGUUGACUCGGCUGCGUCAACCGACACGCCUGGGACAGCGACGGACAGUGACCCAGCUGCCAAGGUCGGCGACGUUAAGACCUCCAAGGAGCUACCGCCAGAAAAGAGUGGCGUCCCCAUGCCUACCAAUGCCAUCGCGGCGUCGAAGCGCCCCCACCCCCAAUCCAGCAACGACGGCAGCCAACCGACUGCCCCUGGCGUUGAGGAGCCCCCUGCCAAGACAGCCCAAGUACGGCGGUCGUCCCUGCGACCGCGCCCGAACGUUCCGUCCGACAAGCGAGGUGGCAACGCCGAGCCAGUCGGGCAAGUUCAAGUGCCGGCGCCGGACGGCACCGCCGGCGAUGGCGUCGUCUAG